GCGGCGAUGAUGCACGGAUUUCUCAACGUAAAAGCGGAGGGGCGGGGCAACGUCACAGCAUCCGAUCAUUCCAGUUUUUCAUAGGUUGAUGGAGUAGGCCUAAACGAAAAUAUAUAAUGAAAACAUUUGCGUGCGGUUACGUGCGGUUCUCCUCGCAGCCCACCGUGUGAGACGAAUUCUAAAAAGAGGGAGGCACUGCUGCAGCCCAGCGAGGGUAUCUUUGUCUGCUAGUCACGAGAGCUGACAGCUCCGGCGGGCGGGUCCUGCGCAGCCUAUAACCACGACCUGAAGAUCUCUGCAUCCUUCAGUUGGAGUAAAACACAUUCUCGGUGAUCAUCCAGCUACAAUCAGAAGAUGGAGGGGCAGAAAGAAAAGCAAGUCACAGGUUACCUCCUGUUCUCUCUCGGCACCGCUGUCAUCGGCUCUCUGCAGUUUGGUUACAACACAGGAGUCAUCAAUGCUCCAGAGCAGAAACUACGAUCUUUCUUCAACGAUACCUGGGUCGAGCGUUAUGGCGAGCCCAUCACCCCCGGGGUCUGUACCAUCGUCUGGAGUGUCUCCGUCGCCAUCUUCAGUGUGGGCGGUAUGGUGGGCUCCUUCAGCGUGGGCGUCAUGGCGAACCGGUUUGGCAGGCGUCGCUCCAUGUUCCUGGUGAACGUUCUAGCGGUGAUCGGCGGCCUCCUCAUGGGCUUCUCCACCAUCUGCUCCUCCUAUGAGAUGGUGAUCGCCGGUCGCCUGGUCAUCGGCCUGUUCUGCGGGCUCUUUACCGGUCUGACUCCCAUGUACGUGGGCGAGGUGUCACCAACUCCACUACGAGGGGCCUUCGGGACUCUUCACCAGCUCGGUGUGGUAGUGGGCAUCCUCAUCGCUCAGGUAUUCGGGCUGGAGGGUCUGCUGGGCUCAUCCAAGCUGUGGCCCCUGCUGCUGUCCCUCACUGUGGUCCCUGCUGUGGUGCAGUGCAUCCUGCUGCCCUUCUGCCCUGAGAGCCCUCGCUUCCUGCUCAUCAACCUUAAACAGGAGGAGCAGGCACGCAAAGCGCUGGUGCGUCUGCGUGGCAGUGAGGAUGUGAGUAAAGACAUGCAGGAGAUGAAGGAGGAGAGCGCCAAGAUGGCCAUGGAGAAGAAGGUCACCAUCCCAGAGCUGUUCCGCUCCGCAGCGUACCGCCAGCCGCUGCUCAUCGCCAUCAUGCUGCAGCUCUCCCAGCAGCUGUCAGGGAUAAACGCUGUGUUCUACUACUCGACAGGCAUCUUUGAGUCAGCCGGUGUGAAGCAGCCCAUCUACGCCACCAUCGGAGCCGGCAUCGUCAACACCAUCUUCACUGUCGUUUCUCUCUUCCUGGUGGAGAAGGCGGGACGGAGGACUCUGCACCUCCUGGGAUUGGCUGGAAUGGCAAUCAGCGCCGUACUGAUGACCGUCUCCCUCCUGCUGAAGCACUAUGCUGUGAUGAGCUACAUGGCCAUCGUGGCCGUCAUGAUGUUCGUGGCAUUUUUUGAGCUGGGCCCCGGUCCAAUCCCAUGGUUCAUUGUGGCCGAGCUGUUCUCCCAGGGGCCCCGCCCCGCCGCCAUGGCUGUGGCCGGCUGCUGCAACUGGACGGCCAACUUCCUGGUUGGAAUGAGCUUCCCCAAGCUAGUGGAAUGGUGCGGGCCUUGGGUCUUCCUCAUUUUCACCGGAUUCCUCAUCCUCUUUUUCAUCUUCACCUUCAUUAAAGUCCCGGAGACGAGGGGCAAGACCUUCGACGAAAUCGCCCGCGAAUUUGGCGGUCCGCCUCCAAACCUCUCCACUCCUGAGGGCCACCCUGCCAGCGCCAGCACCGCCACCACGGUGCCCGCCUCCCCGGUGAAGGAGAAGGUCCCGCUGGUGGAGGCUCCGGCAGCAACCCCAUCACUUGCAGCUGAAAACACACCUCUUGAGGAUAAAUCUAAAUCCACAGUGCAGGAGAGUAUGUAGAGCGGCUUUAGAUACGAGUUUUAAUGAGUAAGGGGGUUCCAAAUCAAGGAAGAAUCACAGAGAUUUAAAAAGUGCUGUAAUUAAAUAUCACACCUUCGAUCGGUAAAAACGAUACAAUGUUAUAAUACAGAAGGACAGCAUCAUCAACUUAUAGGCUUUGACCUGUAAAAGGGUCAUGCUUUCUGCUUCUUAUUUUUCUGUGACAUUUCCUAGAAUAUCUUCUUUGAAAUACUCCCUUCCUUAACCGUGAAAGGGAAGCAGUCACUUUACAACACUGCAGAUGAAAUUAAUAACUGUACAUUCCUAGGAAUUAUUCAUUAAAAAGGGUGAGUCUUUUUCAAGACAGCUGUGCGUCUAGUCAGGACGACACUUAUCGAACACGGCAAACGUGGGCUGUGUAAAAGUAAGUUGUCUCUAAAAGUUGUUACCUUAUGGUGUCCUGAAAAGAUCCAGGUACAUGUCCAUCACUGCGGACUAGCAAUAUACCUUAGUAGUUUAGUUACUUUUGUCCAUACUGUAUUUUGUCUGUUAAUUUGUGUUAAUAUUUUUGGGAAGCCUUCCAAAAAUCACAGGUCUAAGAAGGGAUUAUUCAACCUUAUGCUCUGCCUGCAGCUCCAUACUGUACUACGAGCUGACAGGCUGGAGAACUUUUUAGCAAUGCCAAAGUAUUGAAACUAUUUGCCAGCUGGUGAACACAUGUAACCUCAUAUGUGUUGGCAGCAUCCACAGGUCUCUAGUGUAUUUAUUCUGAAUAGUAAAUUGGUAUUUGUAAACUGUAAUCCAAAAGUUGAUUGAACUUUUUUAAGAUCAGAGCUUCCCUUGCUAUCUCUCAUGGUUUAACCAGGCUCAGUCUUGGAUUGUGGUUAUUGUAGGUGCUGCAUUUAUACCAAAUACACAAAAUGUACUCUUAACCAGAUAAUUUUGUUUAAGAAAACCCGUUAAAUUCUGAUUGACAAGCCAAUACUGUAUACAUCGCAAAUAGAUCUUUACUUGUUAAAUCUUUUUGGACUGUGACCUGUGGAUAAAAACAUUUAAGCUGAUUUGUUUUACACAAUUAGAUUCCAAUAGGGUAAUGUGCAAUGUAUAUUUUGUUGAAGAAAGAUAUAAUAUUUAUUACGUUAGAAAUUGAUUUUUCUAUAAAGUAUAUAAUAGAAAUACACUAAAGCUAAUUUAGAAUCGUAAUGCUUUCCAACUAGGACCUUUGGGAUUAAAGCGAAAUAUUGCGCUACUGUACAUCACAUAAAGUAAAAUGAUGUCAAUCUUAUGUGUUAGAUGCACUUUGUUAACCUGAGAAGCAGCAAAGCGAGCAUUAGAGCCACAAUCAAUAAUGUAGAAAAGUACAAAAGAAAACCAUAUUUACCUGGCCUAGCUGUUAUUAAAUUAAAUACUGUAAGAGUGAUAUACAAUGUGCAAUUAAUAACGAAACUGCAGCUGUAACAAUCUAGAGGCUGAUCAUGAAGAGAGGAAACUAAAGGGAAAGUGCUAAUAAUGUUUAAGCAUAAGGUAAUAAUAUGUUACUGGAAGACCCACUUGUCAUUGAAAUUCAGUUCCUAAUAUGGUUAAUUAAUAUGAUUUUUUUAUUUCUCUUUUUCCACAAAAGAAAUCACUACUCCCUUGUUGUGUUCACCAGUCACAUGUUAUGACUGACAGCACGACAUUAAGUUAGUGGAGUUUCAAGGAAAGGUGCUAAUGUUUUCACAGAUGAAUUCACAGAUUGAAGUUUUAGUUUCUCUAUUUCUUUGAAGAAAUAAGAAAAUAUAGGUGUUUUAAAAAAUAUAUAUUAUUAAAAGAAGAGAGGUAACAAGAAAAGUUAUCUCAAAUAUUUCCAACUUCUGGCAUUUAAGAAAAAUAAAAAAAUGAAAUCUGUCUUCAGAGCAAACUGGAAAUUGUUUAAGAACGGAAACUACAGUCGGGCUUCAAGUAAAAAAAAAUGAAAUACAUUUUAGAAAAAUAAUUUUGGCAUAAAACUCUGAGAUGUGCUAAAUUGUUCCAUGCUGACAUGUUGCGUGAUACUUCACAAAGAAAGUGUUUGCGCUUUGUAUGACAUUUAAAUUGAAUGUGACUUUUGACACCUCAGUAAAGUGAGUGAUGAGGAAGUACCGCUUUAGAAAAUAAUAAAUAACCAAGUAUUUGCUCCAUAUACCAUUCAAACAUCCUUGUUUGUUGUCUUUAGAGACUCAAAAGGAGAAGCUUCCCAUGUAUUUCUGGCUUUAUUGGACAGGUGCUUUCUACAUUGUGACUCUGUCUGAAAAGUUAUUGUAGCAUCAUCAACCUUUUACAUAAGUAUGCAUUCCCAACAUUGUGCAGUAUGUUUGGUGUAUAAAUGUAUGACACAAAGUAUAUUUUCUAUAUUCUGUAUUGAUGGUAAUUCAUGCUGCACUUUGCUUUUAUUUAUGUAUGUAUGUGUUUUUUUUUGGCUACACUGGGAAGAUAUUUAUCAUGGCGAGUAAUUCAAAUGACUUGGACAGAGGUGUAACUAGUCAAGAAUGGACUGAUAACCUGAAGAUUACCACUAUUUUUGGAAGAAAAGUAAGCCUGUGGGACUAAUUUGAUGCGAUGAUAUGGGCUUGUUAAGAUAAAUAUCUCCUACAGUGAUAGGAGAGUAUAUAAUGGUCGGAGUCUUGGCUUCGUUGUGUAUCGCUGUGUUUGUGGAAGAUAGUGACUUGCUGUGUUUGCACCGGGGGAUGUGUGACGUACACUCCUCACAUAGUGUUUAGUGUUGUAUUCAUGCAAGGUCCCGCUUCUAUCCCUGGCUACACCUCGAUGCUCCUAUAGGACACUAACACUGAUCUUUACCAAACCUGAGUCUAGAUUUAAAAUGUUUUCUAUUAGCUUUCCCCAUGUCGGGUUUGAGUCUUUCAGUCUUUCACAAUUUAAUUUACCUCCGAUAUCUUUACUUUUUCUCUGAGGUCAAAUGUGGUUAUCUCUGAAGAAACGUUUAGGAAUUGUGUAAAAUAGGAAGUUUUAAAUGUGCUAAAAAUAUGAUUAUUUUGACAAGAGGGGAUUUUGCAGGUCAGGGUGCAAUCACACUUCCAACUUGCAUUCUCUUGUUUAAACUAUUGUGCAGAUGUUAAUAUUAUUUGUUUGUUGGUAAAACUGCACAUUUACGUAAAUCAGGGAUUGAAAAUGAAUCCAAUAGACUAAGCAUCGUUAAUUAUCCCCUGGUUUUAAAAAAACUGAUUUAAACUGUUCAAGUAAAAUAAAAGACAGCAGAAUUCAGAGAGUCACAAAAGUAUGUGAAAUCAUUUUAAACAAACGAAGGGACCCAGGUGCUUGCUGUCCCUAACCAUAGCCACCAAACACCUUCAUGCACACGUGCAAAUUCACAACCCUUCGCUCACUGUACAAAGAUAUAGGAGAAUAUAUGUUUUCAUUUGUAAAUAUGUAUUUUUUAAAAGAGUAUUUAUUUGUUGACCUGCUAGGUCAUACGUGUGUUCUUCUUAUUAUUUGUUUGGGGUGCACACGUUCAUUUUGUUGAAGAAAGGAACAGAUUUUAGUUGAUUAAAGGCACAUUUAAGAUUAUUUUGUGUGUGUGAACAAUAUCACUAACUAACUUCUGUCUCCUCCAUUUUAUUUUCACGUGUUUUUAAUCACUCAACCACAGCCAUGUUGUUUUCCUGUGUGCCUCAUCAGAUUACACUCACAGCAGUAGAUAGUAGUGAAGGUGUGUCAUGUUUCUCAGCCAUCAGCAUAUUGUCCUUUUGGGUUCUUUAAAAAAAGGGAAUUGCCAUAAUGAGGCCUGUUGCCAACAUUGUCAAAAGCCAAGGAGUUAUUUACAAACCAAGCAAAUAUUAUGGGUCAACAAAGAUCUGCAACAAUAUCCAAACCAUUGCAUAUUGAUAAAUACCCAUAAAAUGAAUCAUGUACUUUCACAGGCUUACAUCUGACUCGCAUUGAGGUGCUUUGGCUAGGGUGUUCUUUGUUUUCUAUAUUGUUUGGUCCUGAUCUAUGUUAAUAAUGUAUUGUCUAUACUGUAUAAUGUACUGUAGAUCUGCUAUUUGUGCCUCUCUGCAGCUCAACCUUCGCAGAUUGUUAUUGAAUGUGUGUCACUGGAGUGAUUUUAGACACAAACGAUCAUUGUCUUUAAGCUUGGCCAAGACAAGACUCCACUAAUUGAUACAGGAUGUACUUACAUGAUUCUGUUAAUGAGUUUUGUGUGAUUAACCAUGGCUAAUGUGACGGUAAUGAGCUGAGCAGAUGACAUUGUAGCUUCUGUGCUUUUCAGGCUUUUCAAUAUUUCCUUGUGUUACACCAGUGCUGCACCCCAGCUGUCUUUGUUUCACUUGUGUUUUUAUUGUAUAAAACAGAUAUAAUGUUGUUAAAUAAAAUAUUCAUCAUGUAA